AUGGACCAAAGAGAGAAUGAGGUGGGAUGGAUGAAUGAAGUCUCGGAUGGUGAAUCUUUCAUUGAAAUACAAAUCAACAAACCAGCAGCCGGAUUGAGCAUCUUAUCAUCAUCAUCUUCUUCUUCUUCUCCAUCUCCCGGUGAUGACAAGCAGGCGACAGCGAUCUUCUCAUCGACCUCUAGCUGCUUCUCUGUAUACAGCAGUGCGACGAGGUUGAUGGUGAAACUGGGGUGUUUGAGUAUAGUGGGAGUCAUAAGGGAGAAAGUGAACGUGGGAGAGAAGUGGGUCCUCAAAGUUAUACACGGACGACGAAACAAGAGCUCUCUUCAUUACUACUGCGAAGGCAGCGCCAAGUACAGCGAGGAAACAUUAACUGACGACUCCCUCAAGGCAGCCAUCGCUUACUGCAAUGCCUCCUCUCUCUCCCGUCUACACACUUAA